AUGCCCCUCAAGAGGUUCUUCCGGCUGUCGGCCGCGCUGCGCUUCGACGACAGGGCCACCAGGAGGGAGAGAGCGGAGGCGGCCGGGGGAGACAGGCUCGCGGCCGUGAGGGAGCUGUGGGACGCGUGGACCGCCAGGCUGCCCCUGCUCUACGACCCGGGCCCCCACGUGACGGUGGACGAGCAGCUGGUGCCCUUCAGAGGUCGCUGCUCCUUCAGGCAGUACAUGCCCAGCAAGCCCGCCCGGUACGGCCUCAAGAUCUGGGUGGCCUGCGACGCCAGGUCCAGCUACGCCUGCGCCAUGAGCCUGUACGCGGGCAGGAGCGGGGAGGACCUGACGGGGCCCGGCCGCUGCUCCCUGGGCGAGCGCGUGGUCGCCGAGCUGACCGAGGGCAUGCGGGGCCGCACCGUCACCUGCGACAACUUCUUCACCUCGCUGCCCCUGGCCCUGCGGCUGCUGAGGGAGCGGGACCUCAGGCUGGUGGGCACCGUGCGCAGGAACAGGCCCGAGCUGCCCGCCCGCCCCCUCGAGCUCAGGCUCAGGACCGCCUUCCUCGCCGCCCGGCGCAGGGGCGAGGCUCCCCCGGCCCGGCGCGGCCGGGGCAGGCCCCCCACCAAAGGAGGCAUGGAGCCCUUCGCCUCCGCGUUCGCCUUCACCCGCGAGGCCACGCUGGUCUGCUACGCCGCCAAGAAGGACAGGAGCGUGCUCGUGCUCACCACCGCGCACGGGCCGCCCCGCGUGGACGAGGGAGCCCGCCAGCGCAAGCCGCUGGCCGUGCUGGCCUACAACGAGAACAAGGGCGGCGUGGACAACCUGGACAAACUGGUGGCCGCCUACAGCUGCCGGAGGGCCACCCGCCGCUGGCCCGUGGCCCUCUUCCACAACGUGCUGGACGUGUCCGCCUACAACGCCCUGGUGCUGUGGAGGGAGAUGAGGCCCGGCUGGGCCUCGGGACGCCGCGACUCACGCAGGCUCUUCCUCGAGCGGGUCGGACGGGACAUGGUGGCCCCGCUGCUGUGCCGCAGGGCCCGGCUGCCCAGGGCCCCCGCGGCCGCUCUCAUGGUCAGGCAGGCCCGCGGGGAGGCCAGGGGGAGGGCCGCGCUGAUGCCGCCCCGGGACCGCGCCUCCGGACCCGGGAACCGCACCCCCGCGGGGCGCAGGGUCAGGUGCGGGGCGUGCCCCCCGGGAGCCGACAGGAAGACCACCUCUCGCUGCGUGGCGUGCGGCCUGGGCCUGUGCAGGGAUUGCUCCGUGCUGCGCUGCCCGGACUGCGACUCGGCUCUCCGCGGAGCCGCCGCGCCCGGGGGACCGCGAGGGUUAAUGAAACUAAAAUCAAAGUUUCACAUUUUGAAUUACAUUACGGGGGAAAAAACCACUAGCGGUUCUGAGGAGGGGCCAACAGGGGCCAGUGCCCCAUAA